AUGAGCCAGACCACACCAAAGACCGCUAGAAAGACCCAGCGUCCUCACAAGUUGCGUGCUUCCAUCACCCCAGGUACCGUCUUGAUUCUCCUUGCCGGUAGAUUCAGAGGUAAGAGAGUCGUGUACUUGAAGCACUUGGAGGACAACACCUUGUUGGUCACCGGUCCAUUCAAGGUUAACGGUGUGCCAUUGAGAAGAGUCAACUCUCGUUACGUGAUCGCCACCUCCACCAAGGUUGACGUCUCCUCCGUUGACGUUUCCAAGUACGACGUUAAGUACUUUGCCAGAGAGCAAACUCCAAAGUCCAAGAAGUCCGAAGCUGACUUCUUCAACGAAGAACAACCAAAGAAAGAAAUCAAGGCUGAGAAGAUCGCCGACCAGAAGACCGUCGACUCUGCUUUGUUGUCCGAAAUCAAGAAAACCCCAUUGUUGAAACAGUACUUGGCCUCCUCCUUCUCUUUGAAGACCGGUGACAAGCCACACUUGUUGAAGUUCUAA